AUGAAAACAUUAAAUGUGUGCAAUACUCUGGUUUUUCUAUCAAUUACCUGCUUUGUGAAAAGCCAGAGUACAAAACCACACAUUUUACUCGUGAUAGCAGAUGAUUUUGGUUACAACGACAUCGGGUAUCAUGGCUCUGAGAUAAAAACACCGAACUUGGAUAAACUUGCCGGAGAGGGAAUCAAAUUGGAGAAUUAUUACGUGCAGCCAAUAUGUACUCCUACCAGAAGUCAACUGAUGUCUGGACGCUAUCAGAUUCACACUGGUCUUCAGCACGGAGUUAUUAUGUCUUCACAACCUAACGGAUUGCCCCUUGAUGAAACAAUACUUCCUCAAAAGCUGAAGGAAGUGGGAUAUGCAACACAUGCUGUUGGAAAGUGGCACUUAGGAUUUUACAAAAAAGAAUUUUUACCAACAAACAGGGGAUUUGAUUCAUAUUUUGGUUAUCUAUCAGGGGCUGAGGACUAUUUUACACAUAUAACAUGUGGUGGUCCCAGAAGUGUGCACAUGUGUGGCACAGAUUUGCGUGACAAUACAGCACCCGCCAACUAUUCUGGACAAUAUUCAGCUCAUUUAUUUGCCCAGAAAGCAACUGACGUUGUCAAAAAUCACAAUACAGACCAACCUCUAUUCCUCUACCUACCUUUCCAAUCCGUACAUUCACCCCUUGAGGUACCCGAGAAGUACAUAAAGCCAUAUAUGCACAUCCAAGACAAAGACAGAAGGACUUAUGCAGGUAUGGUGUCUGCUAUGGAUGAGGCUAUAGGGAACCUUACGGAGGUUUUGAAGCAGAAGGGGAUGUGGGAAAACACUCUGAUGGUGUUUUCUACAGAUAACGGGGGACAAAUCCAUGCUGGAGGAAACAACUAUCCUCUUAGAGGAUGGAAAGACUCUCUCUGGGAGGGAGGAAUGCAUGGAGUAGGAUUUGUACAUGGUCAGAUGUUGAAAAGGAAAGGGGUCGUCUCAAGAGACCUAAUUCAUGUCUCAGACUGGUUCCCCACACUUGUGUCGGUGGUUGGUGGUAAUCUAAAUGGAACAAAACCAUUGGAUGGAGUGGAUCAGUGGAAAACUAUAAGUGAGGGUAUACCAAACAGCCAAAGAGAGGUUAUAUUGCAUAACAUAGACCCGCUGUACAAUCCUGUUGGAGACCGGGUGCCCAACAGUCCAUUUGAUAACAGAAUACGAGCAGCAGUUAGGAAGGGGGAUUGGAAAUUGAUAACAGGUUUUCCCGGAAAUGGUAGUUGGGUUCCUCCACCCCACAUGAAAUCAGCAUUAACCCAAACAGACAGCAAUUCCGCUGUAAAGAAUCUGUGGCUCUUCAACAUUACUGCUGAUCCCAACGAACAUAACGAUUUAUCCGACUCUAUGCCUACUGUGGUGAUGGAGAUGCUGGACCUGCUUGCUCAGUAUAACAAAACAGCCGUACCCUGCAGGUUUCCAAAACCGGAUCCAAAGUCUGACCCUAAGUACCAUGGGGGAUACUGGGGUCCUUGGAUGUGAUAGAAGAUAAAUGUGGAAAUUGAUUUUAAUGUUCCUUUACAUGUAUUUACAUAUACCUAUAAAAUCACAUAUUUUCUUACGGUCAAAUUUUCGUUGUUUGAGGGAAAAGUAUGGGUUCAUGGGGAUUUGAUUUCGUAGAUGAAGAAUUGUUGAAUAAUUAUGUAUAUGGCAUUUUGCAUUUCGUGGUGGACAUUGAUUCCUGUGUCUUUUUAUACGUCGAAAACAACGAAAAUUAGUGAUUUCACAGUAUGUAUAC